UAUGUGAGAUUUAGCACGUAGUCUUAUAAUAUCGUUUAAUUUAUACUUAUCUAUGCCCUAUGGUCCAAAUAAUAAAUAAUAAAAUUAUAAUUUAUCUCCAUAACAGUAUUUUUAUGAUUGUUUUUAAUUUAAACGUAAAGUUGAAUUACUUGAAUUUAAAAUAAUUUUUUUUUUCAUCUGUCUAGUGUCCAACAACGAUAACGUUGUUACUGCUGUCCGGUUUUGUCCUUUUCAAUUUGUUCGCCAGAUUUACCCUACAUCCUACAGUCUAUAAUGGAUGGUUGGAACGAAAGUCAGUUACGAAAAUAUAACAUAAAAAUGGAAAAAAUACCUAUCCUACAGUAUGAUGAUCCAAAAGUAGAUUCUCUUCUCAUCAAUAAUAAACCAGUAUUAAUCAAAGGAUCUAAAUUAGUUUCUCGUGUGUUAAAAUGGGAUCUGGAUUAUUUAACGGAGCACAUGAAUUCAACAUGCUGUAAUGUAUUGACAUCAAAAAAUCAUAAGUUCAAGUAUUAUGACCAAAAGAAAAUCACCCCUAAUAUGACUUUCAAACCAAUCAGCCGACCAAGUCCUAUGGUAUUUUCAGAAUUUAGUAAAAAAAUAAAAGAUUGGAAAAAAGGAGACUCCAGAUUAUACAUGCAACAAGUGUUGAACAACUCAAUUAGCCAACGUAUUGUUAGUGACUUUGUUAUGUUUAAUUGGGAUUGGAUUAUUUCAAAACAAAAUGUGUGUAAAUGGGGUUCUCUGACAUCUAAUCUUCUUCUAAUUGCACAAGAAGGUAAUGUUACUCCGUGUCAUUAUGAUGAACAACAAAAUAUGUUUGCGAGCAUUCGAGGAUAUAAAAGAUUCAUUUUAUUUCCUCCUAGUGAAUUUGAGUGUUUAUAUCCACACCCAGUUCAUCAUCCUUAUGAUAGACAAACUCAAGUAGACUUUGAUAAUCCAGAUUAUAUACAAUUUCCAAAAUUCAAAGAAGCUUGUGGAUAUGAAGUUAUUGUUGGACCUGAAGAUGUCUUAUAUAUACCUAUGUAUUGGUUUCAUCAUGUUGAAUCACUGAUGCAUGGUGGCUAUACAGUUUCAAUAAACUUUUGGUUCAAAGAUCUAUGUAGAAGGAGGCAAGUAAAGCCUUAUAGAGGAGUUUCAGAUAAUAUACUAAGUACAUAAAGGUUAAACAUUAAACUUAAACUAACCUUUAUUAAAAGACAGUAUUACGAAAAAUAUACUAGUUGCCAUGAUGAUGUAGAUCAGUGGUUCUUAACGGGGUUGGUACCGCCCCCUUGGGGGCAUUUCGGUCUCUCUGAGGGGCGAUAGGUUUGAAGGGGGGUGUUGAGGGGCGGUGAGCUUUUUUAAACGAAACAAAGAAAUCGGUUGGACAUUUUCAACAAAGGUGAUCUACGUUUAGCUUUGACCAAUAUCGAACCAGACAUCGCCACAUUAGCAACUACUCAUCAGCCUCCAGUCAUUGAUAGGUAUAAUUUUUAUAUUUUAUACUUUUUGAAUAGUAAAGUAAAAUUGUUUUGUUAAGUGGUGUAAAAUAUAACCAUUACUAUCUAAAAAUAAGAGUUUUUACGUUAAUUAAUAUUGUUAUAAUAUACUGAUGAAUAAAUAAAUGUAUAUUAUAUAUAUAUUUAUAUUUAUAAGAAAAUUUGAUUUUGCAUGAGGGGGGUGGGCAUUAGCAGUUAGUUAUUACGAUAAAGGGGGCGCUGAACUAAAAAAGGUUAAGAACCACUGAUGUAGAUGAUGUAGUAUUAGUAGUAAAAAUCCCGAAAGAAUUGAAUGAAUGAUUGGACAAGUGAAGAGCGGCUUUUGAAAGAACGGACUAUAGGUUAGUUGGAGUAAAAUAAAUGUAUGAUCAGUAGAUUGUGUAUGAUUUUAGAGGAAGUUAUCAAAGAAUUUUCUAUCAAUUCCUUGAUCAGACAUGUUAUGAAAAUGAGAACUAGGUUUAAGUAUUUAGGAUCGGUAAAGAAGAAUUAUAGAGAACAGCAACAAUAUGGUUUAGUGAAGAGAAGCUUCGCAUCAGAUGUGUAUGCUAAAAGAGGGUCUCGAUGAAAUUGAAAGGUUAAAUUUUUUUACAGUUGUAAGAUCAAUUAUCUUGUAUGGCUUGAAACUCAGGGCAGUGUACAGAAAAAUGGACCAGAAAAUGAAAGUAGUGGAGAUAAGAAUGCUAAGAUGGAUGUGUCAAGUAAUAAUGAAGCCUAAAACAUGAAAUGAGUACAUUAGGGGUAAUGUAGAAGUUGAAUAUAUUGUGGAUAAAAUUAUUAUGAGGAUAAUACUAUAUAAUAUAAUAUAAUAUAUUGAGAUAUUAUAACAUGUUUGGACAUAUGAAAAAAAAUAUUCAUGGGCAGUGAGAGUUGUUAUAAAAAUAAACAUAGAAAGAUAAAGAGGUAGAGGAAGACUGAAGAAGAUAUGGAUAAAUUGAAAAGAGUGAUAUGAAAAUAAUUGGUGUGCAUGUAUGAGAGAUAGGAGAUUGAACCAUAUGGAGUUGUGGCUAACUUUAUAUAGCCAGAAUUUUGAAGUUUAAAGUGAGGUAAAAGAAGAAUAAGAAUAAUAAUUAUUUACAAAGAAAUAAUCAUAAUUUUUUUUAGGCAGGAUCUGUUGAAAAAAUUGAAUAUCCUUUGCUAGACCACCAAAAAAUAGUUAUCAUGAGAAAUGUGGAAAAAAUGCUAGCUGAAGCAUUACAUGAUCCAAGUGAAGUUGGAACUAUGCUGAAGACAAUUGUUUUAGGCCGAUACACGUCUGACACCAACUAAUAGUCCACCUUAAAAUAUGUUUAUAA